AUGAUUUCCCCCUUCUUUUUCCUUCUUUUGAAUUGCGUUUUCAUGUUUCUCUGCAUUCUUUCUAUUGGCUAUUCUUAUUUCUUUCUUUUUACUCUGUGUAUUAUAGUUCAUUAUAGAACAAACAUUUAUGAAAGCCUAUCUAUCUAUCUAUCUAUCUAUCUCAAUCUGUUCAUCUAUAUAUCUAUCUUUCUAUCUCAAUCUGUUCAGAUAUAUAUCUAUCUUUCAGUCUGUUUCUAUUAUAUGCCUGUCACUUCAUAUCUAUCUAUCUAUCUAUCUAUCUAUCUAUCUAUCUAUCUAUCUAUCUAUCUAUCUUCUGUUUAUAUUAUGUCUCUGUCACUUCAUAACUAUCUAUGUAUCUCAAUCUGUUCACGCACUCAUCAUAUAUAUAUAUAUUCCGUCUGUUCAUAUUAUGUCUGUUAUAUCAUAUCUAUCUAUCUAUCUAUCUAUCUAUCUAUCUAUCUAUCUAUCUCUAUCUAUCCCAAAUUCAUCUUGCCCUCUUUUUAUAUUAUGUGUCUGUCAUGCUUCCUAUCUAUCUAUCUAUCUCUGCCCCAUGCUAUCUAUCUAUCUAUCUAUCUAUCUCGAUUCAUGCAUCUGAAGAAAAACACAACACUGUUAUUUUCUAUCUUUAUCUAUUUCUUUUCAUUCAUCUAUCUAUUAAAUACAUCUAUAAUGCUAUCUAUCAUCUAUCUCAAUUCCUUUAAAUCUAUCUAUCUAUUCAUCUAUCUAUCUAUCUAUCUAUCUAUCUAUCUAUCUAUCUAUCUAUCUCAAUUCCUUAAAUCUAUCUAA